AAAAAAAAGUGCUUCCACUUAGCUUGGUAGGAAAUUGCACGUCAAUUUUGUUGUAGUUGCAUUCUGAAAGGUGCUCGUCUUGUGCUUUGAAGAAAAGAACUCAGUCCUGCGGGAAUCCCGCAUCGCGCGCAGGUUCAAGGUUCUACUUUGUGAGCGGUGUUGGCACCAGUGAAGUUAUAAUCUCAAGGAUGAGGAGUAUAAAUGUACAUCCACACAAUUCUGGAGGAAACAACUAUGAAAUGGAAAUGCCUAACCCAGAUGAAGAAAAUGUGAUAUUGAAUUCUUUCAGAGGGUGCAUGCCAUGCACCACUCUGGAAGAACUCUCAAGAAGAUUACUUGUCAACAAACAGACAGUAUACAUGUGGUGUGAUCAUUAUAGGUCUCGACUAUUGAGUCUGCUAGAGAUACGAGAAGACGCCUGUGACAAACCUAAUCUAUUUAAACCACUUGAUAAGAAGAUGUCAGAGAUAAUGGUGUUCAAGCCUAAUUACCACGUGAGAGACACAGGAUUUGCUCCAUUACCAGCUCCACGCCUUCUUCCCCUCCUAUCAAAAGCUUCUGUCACUUACAUCAUUAAGGAGCUAAAUAAUAUACAUAAGAAAGAGAGAAAAAGGCCUGUCAGAUCCUUUAAUCCAGUUCGGGGUGAAAGCAGUAAGAAGAAAAAGAAGGUCCCUCCCGUUGCUGAAAACAGCUCUGUUGACGAAAGAUUAUCAGAUGGAAAUCGCGGAAAGCAACCAAUGUCAGAGGAACAAAACCUUGCAAGAAAGCAAGUACAGAACCAAAUUCAUGACUUGGAGAAGAGCCAGACGUUAGAGGAUAUAUCAACACUUGAUGACUUGAUAAAUCCAUCUAGCGAUACUGAUGAGGAACAAGUACUGAACGAAAUUCAUGAUUUGGAGGAGAGCCUGAUUGUAGAAGAUAAAAUAUCAACACUUCAUGACCUGAUAAAUCCAUUUGGAUUGACUGGUGAAGCCGAAGUGCUUGAAGAUGCCCGCGACUAUAUUCGAUAUCUUCAUAACCAGAUUGAGAUGAUGUAUACUUGGCGUUAUUAUCACCUUAAAAAUGAUGUGCAGGUUGCUACUGGAGAGAUUAGGAAUGGCCUAACAGAAAGAGAACUCUGCCUCGUCCCUGUCUCCUUCACUCACAACAUCAAUUUACAAGAUAAACCGUAAUUAACAUUCUCUUUUGCUGCAAAGUACUCAGACGUAUUGACUCCGUGAAUCAGAUGAUACCAUAAAAACCUUGUGGAUACAAGUAGAUGACUCCUGGCAUAUUUUUUUCAAUGUAGUAGUUGAAACAUUAUUAGGUUCACAGAUCUAGAUUGACUUGGUUCUGCAAUUUUUAAAUGUUUUAGUUUUCAAUCCUCGAACCAAUAUUUCAGUUUCUUAUCUUGUGUGUUAUCUUCCUGUAACUACCUACUAGUAUUUGAUCUUAGGAUCCUGAUUUGUAAAACAUAUUUAUUGAAGU